AUGGACAAUAUCGCUUUUAUAUUGUACAAAUCUAUGAUGAAUACUCAUAUAAAAUUGUUCAUAUUUAUAAUCAUUUUUUAUUUAUCAUUGAUAUUAUCUGUUCAAACGGUAUAUGGUCAAUCAAUGUCAUGCUCAUGCAAUUUAGAUACAACAGGUAUGACAAUGGUUUGUACCAAUGUUCAUUCACUUAUUGCUUAUCAACAAUGUAUGCAUGAACAACUUAAUAUACAAUCAGAUUUUAAAUUAAGACGUGGUGGUGUUAUUACAAAUUUAACAAUUGUUCAUCAUCAAUUACGUAGUUUAUCUAGUGGUUUACUUCAAUUUUCCUAUGGACACAAUAAUGUUUAUCAAUUGAGUGAUUUACGAUAUUUAUACAUUAUGCAUGGUACAUUAAGACAUAUUGAAAAUGGAGCUUUAGGGUUAAUUGAACGAGCUCUUGAAUAUUUUGAUUUAUCGAAUAAUGAACUUCAACAUAUGCCUCAAAAUGAGAAUGAACAAUUUAGCAAUCUUAUGAAACUUGUCCUUUCAAAUAAUCAAAUUCAUCGUUUAACAAUAUCAGAUAUACGAGUAUAUAAUCGUUUACAACAACUUGAUUUAUCAUUUAAUCGCCUUCAAUAUGUUGAUAUGUUAUUAAUUAAUCAUUUAAAAAAUUUAAAAAAAUUAUUUUUAAAUUCGAAUAUGUUAAGAACAUUAACAAAUAAUAUAACAUUUCCAAAUAAUUUUCAUUUAAAAUUAAGUUCAAAUCCAUUAGAAUGUGAUUGUCGUCUUCGUUGGUUACGUAAUGCAUUAAAUCGUGUUGAAUAUCCUAUUUAUCAUGAUGAACCACAAUGUGAAAUGCCUAAAGCAUUGGCCGAUAAAAAAAUGGUUACAUUACGUGAUGAACAAUUUGUUUGUGGACCAAUAAUAUCAAAACCUGACUUGACUAUGCUUUCUACAACUACGGGUGAAGUUGCAACACUUCGAUGUGAUGUCUAUUCUGAUCCAGCACCUGAUGUAUGGUGGACAUUUCAAAAUAAAAUUAUUGGAAAGAUUAUAUCAACUGUCAAUGAACCUGAUAUUCACGCUGGCUCAUAUACAAUACGUUUUUCAUGUUUAUCAUCUUAUAGUGAACAAUCAUCUUUAACAUGUCUUAAUAAAACAACAACAUUAACCAUAUCCAAUAUUGGCACAGAACAUAAUGGAACAUAUAAUUGUGUUGCUGCUAUACGAAAUCAAGGACGUUCAGAUAAUGAAUAUCUUUCAUAUGAAUUACAUGUUCAACGAUCAUCAUCAUUAACUGAUAGUUCACUUGUUAUUUGGAUUAUUGGAAUAUUUCUUUUAUUAUUUCUUUUAAUUAUUCUU